AUGAACCUCACUCCUGCUCCUAAAGCUACUCUGUUGACCUCUCAGAGAUUAUUUAAUGUAAACGUAUUCUGUGUCCUUCCCCAGGUUGCGUCUCUCGGAGUCACUACCUUCACCUUAUGCGCUCUGUGCAUCGACCGCUUCCGUGCGGCCACCAAUGUGCAGAUGUACUAUGAAAUGAUCGAAAACUGUUCCUCAACAACCGCUAAACUAGCUGUCAUCUGGGUUGGUGCUCUCCUCUUGGCACUUCCAGAAGUUGUUCUCCGCCAGCUGAGCAAGGAGGAUCUGGGUUUUAGCGGCCGAGCGCCAGCAGAGCGCUGUGUCAUCAAGAUCUCUCCCGACUUACCGGACACCAUCUACGUUUUAGCCCUGACCUAUGACAGCGCCAGGCUCUGGUGGUAUUUUGGCUGUUACUUCUGCUUGCCCACACUUUUUACCAUCACCUGCUCCUUGGUGACUGCAAGGAAAAUCCGCAAAGCAGAGAAAGCCUGUAGCCGAGGAAAUAAGCGGCAGAUCCAGCUGGAAAGUCAGAUGAACUGCACAGUAGUGGCUCUGACCAUUUUAUAUGGCUUUUGCAUUAUUCCAGAAAAUAUCUGCAACAUUGUUACUGCCUACAUGGCCACAGGGGUUUCCCAGCAGACAAUGGACCUGCUUAAUAUCAUCAGCCAGUUCCUGCUGUUCUUUAAGUCCUGUGUCACCCCUGUGCUUCUUUUCUGUCUUUGCAAACCCUUCAGCCGGGCCUUUAUGGAGUGCUGCUGCUGUUGCUGUGACGAGUGCAUUCAGAAGUCUUCUACAGUGACCAGCGAUGACAAUGACAACGAGUAUACCACAGAGCUUGAACUCUCACCUUUUAGUACCAUACGCCGGGAAAUGUCCACGUUUGCAUCUGUUGGGACUCACUGCUGAAGGACAGCCAUUGGUUUGGUUAGAUUUGCUCAUUUGUUUGCUUUUCAUAUCCUGUGAAAGUUUUUACUACCUAUUUUUCCUUACUGGGGAAAAAUGCAAAACAGAAAAGAGAGAGAGAAAUAUUAACUACUGUAGAACUGAUUUUGCAGAUUAAUAUUUGUGCUUUGAAAAAAUGUUUAUAUUUAGUUAUUUAAGAAGUAUGAGGAGGCUAAUGUUUUAGAUCAGUUUAUCCGGUAUGGUGCUAAUAUUUUAUUUGUAAAAGUUACUGCACCUUAACUUGAGUAAUUGCUAUUUUUCUUUGUUUUUAAAAUAUAAUCAUUGUAUAUUGAUUAUAGCCAAGUGAUUUUGUAGGCUCUUUUAUGUUUAAGUUGUGAUUGAAAGUAUAUUGUAUAUGGUAUCGUGAAAUGAUUUGUAGUUAAAAAGCUUUCACAAAGUAGCACCAAAUAAAUUACGCUUUAUUCUUUAA